AUGAAGGCAGUCGAUCCCACUUACCCUCUCUAUCCCGCCGCCAGCCUCCUAGCCGCUGCACUUCUGCUCCUUGUCCUGCUAACCAGUUUCAUCCGCCAACGCUGGAACCUCGGCGUGGCGUUCUUAUGCUUCUGGCUCUUCUUUGAGAACCUUACCGGCGCGAUCAACGCUAUCGUCUGGUCUGAUAACUCCGAUGUGAAGCUGUACGUCUACUGCGAUAUCGUAUCGCAUUUGGAGAUCAUCUGCUAUACUGUCAGACCGAUGGCGACACUCAUCAUAACGCGCCGGCUAUACUUGAUUGCCAACCUACAGUCCGUAGAGCUCCCGAGCCGUCGUACGAGGUGCUUGAACGCGCUAUUCGAGUGGUCUCUGGGCCUAGUGAUACCCGCGCUGGUCGCGGGUUCAUUGUACUACAUAGUGCAAGCUGCUCGUUUCCAGGUCGUAGAAGGGUCCGGCUGCGCAGACGCGCUAUACGAGUCGGUGCUCAUGAUCCUGAUCAUUCUGUCGUGGGGAAUCGCCGCGCCGCUGCUAUCCAUCGUAUUCUACUAUCCGCAGAUCGUGCGGCUCCUGUACUUCCGCAACCGAGACGUCAACCGCUACCUCAAAAGCAACGACUCAGUAUCGCGCCAACGAUACCUGCGCAUCUUCGCGCUCGCCAGUAUCGACAUCCUCCUGACGCUGCCCAUCAACAUCGCCACGCUCGUCCUGUCGCUAUCGCUAGCGCUGGACGAGGGCCCGAUCCCGUUCUACCCCGGCUGGACGUUCUCGCACUCCAGUUGGGCUCCGAUCAGCACGAGCUAUGUAGAGCUGCAGGCGAGCAUGGCCGACGUUGCGUUGUUCUACUUCACCGAUUGGAUCGCGCCUGUGCUCGGGUUCGUCAUCUUCGCGCUGUUUGGGUUCACGGACGAGGCGCGCGCGUCGUACUGGUCGGUUUUGCGUACGGGGGCUUCGUGGGUCGGGUGGAAGGUUCCGGGUGCUGCGCGCGGGCACGACAGCGGUCGUAUGACGAUGGACACGAUUCGGUUUGGUGAGCCGCAGAGCGUGAGUCGGGAUGGAGAGACGGGGACAUGCUCGAGCGCUGUCGCACCGAAGCUUGAGGGGGACGACGCGGCCUGA